GACAAUUGUAGUUAAUUAAUUGCAUUAUUACACUACUUGGCCACAUUAUUUGUGUGAUUUUGUGGAUAAUUGUUGCAGACCUUUCAAGGUAUGGUUUCCACAUCUGUAGGCUCAGCAGGAGAAGAUGAGCGGUACAAAGCUAACGGUACAUCGUCGUGCAUACGACCACUUAUUUCUUCAACCUCGAGCAACUCCCCAUGCUCUCCUCCUUGUCCUAUAGCCGACUGGCUACUGAGAAAGGGAACUCUUUCUCUUAUUGCUUCCGCAAUCUACAUCAGUUUAGUUGUAAUAUGCAUAUGUUCGUUCAUUGUUUUCUAUACUUGGGCAAAAGUGAAAGAAUUGCGUCAGUUUCCGCACUCGAUUACUUUGCUCACGGUAGUUUUCUACCUAGUGACAGCGGUACAUUUUGCUAUUAUAUUUUUCGUGGGACGCCGUGGUACCUACUGCUCGCACAGCGACGCAUUCGGCACGUCGGAGAAUCCAAGUACUCUUUGUAUCGUUCAAGGCAAUUUAUCUUUCUAUUCACAAUAUUCUGAUGCUUUGGUAGCUGCCUAUAAUGAGUGACAAUUUUGCAUAUAUGAGCAAAAGUUUUCUUCGUGAUUCCUACAAAAGUGAGAAAGCAAAAUCAAAGAAAAUCGAGAUAAAAACAUAAAGAAGUACAAA